AUGUCUUUAAUUUUAUGCCGAGUCUCGCUUGAUACUGCUCGCCAAACUCUGACCAUUCUUCAACAGUACUGUGCCCUCGUCCAACCAGGAGACGAACAACUUACUGGUCUUUACACCAUCGCCGCAUCCACUCUUUCACCGGUUACUACCAACAUCACUACCCCAGAUGCAUCUGAUCAAUCAGUCUCUAAAAAAAUUGGCUACAAUCUUAAAGCGAAUGGCUCUAAAAGACCACCAUCAUCAACAUGUAUCCACCCACUCGUCCUUACCAAUACCACAACGGCGCUUGAGCUAUGGUUGAGCUGCGAUUCAUCCAGCCUUUCAGUCGUUGCAGAUGACGUUGACGAAGCUAUUCCGCACAGGCCAAACUCGUGCAUCGAAGCCAAUCAUAGCAUUCGUAGCAAUAUGCUCGUGUGGUUAACAUGUCAAGCCCACAUGCUGCACUGUCACGGCUCGACUCCCGCCGGGGGUGUUGAUGAGACAUGCGAGGCCGAAACUGAAGUCCAUCCUGGAUGA